AUGUUUAAUGAGGCCAUAUACCAGUCAAAGACGAGUUUUAAUCAAGGUUUUUUGUCAAAUCUACCCGAUGACAUACAGCUAGAUAAGGAACUAUAAUCCUAUUAUGAAUAUUCAGCUAAAUACUUCAGCAACCAUAACUCUAAGGAUGAAUUUUUUAAUUUGCACGCUGGGAAAUCCUAGACUAGUUUGCUGAGGGACUAAUAAUAACAUCACAAUUCAAGCAGUAUUAAAAAAACAAUCUUAAUGAAGAAAAGGGGCGAAGAUGGAUAUGUGUUACUUAGUAAAAACAGACCCUCAAGUGCUAAUUUCAACAAGACUCAGCGUCGUAACUUUAAGCAUCUUUCCAUUCUUAACAAUCAAGAAAUGCCAGCUCAAGGCUCUGAUGCCUAGAGAUAAACGUAACAAGCUAGCAAAAGUCAUAAUGAUUCAAUGAGGAAGCAAUGCAGAGGUAUCAAGCCUUAUAGUCUUAAAUAAGGUAUAGUUGGCCACAAAAUGACAACUAAAUCAAGCAUAAGGUAGCAAUAGUAGACUGCAGGGGAUUCAACUAAUAAAAGCUCGAAUAGACCCCUUAGUGUGUAUGAGUCUUAGACGUCAAUCAAUGGAAAGAUAGGGCUGGGAGACACUCUUAAAUAAAAUCCUAAGAAACCAUAGGAAAGAAUAUUUCAUGAAUAUCUUAAGUUCCAAAGACUUAUGGAUGGUAGUGCCUUAAAAACAGAUCCAUAUAUGAUGCAGACCUAACCGAAAACCUUGAAAUCUCCUCCAAACUUAAAUUCCGAUCAUCUUGAAGAUAGAAAUAAAAAAUUCAACAUGCUGCUCAACAAUUUAAUCAAGAAAAAUAAAAUGUCAAAGCAAAGUACAGCUCAAACUAUCUUAAAUGCCUUAACCUAGGAUAACAGUCUGGAGUCUUUUUAAGCUUAGCUUUAGCCUACUGUUCUUAAGUUAGCAACAAAGACUGAAGAUAUGAGGAUUCAGCAAUAAAGUCCACUUGGAUCUCAGAUAAUAACAGAUUUUGAUCAUGUCAAUAGCUUGACUGGUAAUAAUGAAAAUGGAAGUGGAUAAGGAUUGAGUAUUACUCGGACUCAAAAAUUAAGAAUUUCCGAUUUCAUCAAACUUCAGGCUAGUGAUUUGAAAGUCCUGAACUCCCAGUAAUAACAAAAAGAAAAAGAGAAGGACAAGCUUGAAAAAUCUUUUAAUUUGCAGUAGACUACAACAGAUAGCAGAAAGUCAAGGCCUCACACAGGUAACUAGCCAGAUAAUAUUUAAAGUCAGUAGCUUUAUCAAACUUAGUAUAAUCUUUCAAAUGCAGGUGCAAUUGCUACUAAUAGAGAGGAAUAAAUUACUCUAGGCGAUAUGCCAAAAGGUGGUAUUCUUGAGGGAAAUUUGAUAAUAAAGUAAAAAGUUAUGAAGUAAAGAUUCAGUAGGCCAAAGAGCGCAAACUAAACUGCAGGACUUCAUGGAAUCAAAGGAUAUAGCAAACCAAUCGUUAUUACAAAUCCUCCAUAGCUCAUGAAAAUUGUUUAUGAUGAUCCUAGACAUUGUAAUGAAUAAAUGAUAACAUAAGCAAAAAUGCCCUAAUUUAAGAGAUAUUAAAAGUAUAAAUAAGAGCAUUACGUAGAAAUGGAGUAGGACUAGAAAGUAAUUUAACAAAGAAAACAAUAGUAUAAUUAGUAAAUUUAAUUAGAUCAUUAAAGUAUUCAGAAAACCAAUGAAUCCCUCAGUCCUCAGGCAUUAAGAAUGGAGCUAACAUAGAGAACAGUAAGUCUAAAGAAUGAGUUUAAUGAGCAAAAGAAAUUCGUAAAUCUACUAAAUACAACUAAUAAACUUGAAAAGAAAAAUGCUGAAUGCCAAAAUGAAGAUAGCAUUUUUUAGAAUAGACAAAAUAAAACAACAGUUAAAAAUAUGAAUGACUCACCACACUAUUCUUAACUUGGACCUACUAAAACUGCAGUAGAUUAUGAAUCAAUAUUAAGAUUGAAAGGCUAAAUGUUUUAGAUAACUCCAAAGGAUGUGCUAAUUUAAAACAGAAGAACACUUAUUACAGCAAAUAAGAGUAUGGCAUAGAAAACUUCCUAUCAACCCAAUAAGAAUAUUUCAAAUAUUCUGAAUGAAAGUGGAUUUCUUAACAAAUCUGGGAAGUCAGGAAUUGUUUCUGAAAGUAGAGGUAGGCCUUCAAGACAUCCUUUUAGUAAUAUUAAUAGCAGCAAUAAUUAAAGUCCUUCUCCCAAUAAUAAUAAGCGACUUGUAAGUCAAGAUUUAAAUUCAAACUCUGGAUUUGAUAGUCAUAAUGCAACUGGUAAUGUUUCCUUUGCCAAGAUUGGCUUCUCAGUUAAUGUGGUAAAAAUUAGAAAUAAUUAGUUCUAGUAGAAUUUACCCAAAGUUUAAAACAAAACAGUCGCUUCGAAAUAGCCCACACAUUAAAGGCAAAAGAUUAUAGGUCUUUAUUGA